CCGCCAGGAAGACCCGGCAAGUCCCAGGCUAGUGUGCUCGGAGGUCAGGACCCGCAGGGACCUCCCACUUGCGGCCUAAUGGCAGCGCAGCCCUUGUCCCGGAUAUGUUGGCUCCUGAGGUCCAGCGCCAGGGGCUGUAGCUCGGGGGUGCCAGGGACGCAGCCCAGCCCCAGGGAGCCCUCGAGACCCGCCACAGAGGAGCUGUCCAGGCGGCGGCAGUUCCUGCGAGAGCACGCAGCCCCCUUCUCUGCCUUCCUCACGGACAGCUUUGGCCGGCAGCACAGCUACCUUCGGAUCUCACUCACCGAGAAGUGCAACCUCAGAUCCGUCCCUUUUGCAGGCCAGUACUGCAUGCCCGAGGAGGGUGUCCCCUUGACCCCCAAGGCUGACCUGCUGACCACAGAGGAGAUCCUGACCCUCGCCCGGCUCUUUGUGAAACAAGGGGUCGACAAGAUCCGGCUCACAGGUGGAGAACCGCUCAUCCGGCGGGAUGUGGUGGACAUCGUGGCGCAGCUCCACCAGCUGGAAGGGCUGAAGACCAUCGCAGUCACCACCAACGGCAUCAACCUGGCCCGGCUGCUGCCCUCGCUGCAGAAGGCUGGGCUCAAUGCCCUCAACAUCAGCCUGGACACCCUGGUGCCCGCCAAGUUCGAGUUCAUCGUCCGCAGGAAAGGCUUCCACAGGGUCAUGGAGGGCAUCCACAAGGCCAUCGAGCUGGGCUACAACCCCGUCAAGGUGAACUGCGUGGUAAUGCGAGGUCUGAAUGAGGAUGAGCUCCUGAACUUUGUGGCCCUGACCGAGGGUCUCCCCCUGGACGUGCGCUUCAUAGAGUACAUGCCCUUCGACGGCAACAAGUGGAACUUUAAGAAGAUGGUCAGCUACAAGGAGAUGGUGGACACCAUCCGGCAGCGGUGGCCAGAGCUGGAGAAGCUGCCAGAAGAGAAAUCAAGCACUGCCAAGGCCUUUAGAAUCCCCGGCUUCCAAGGCCAGAUCAGCUUCAUCACAUCCAUGUCUGAGCAUUUCUGCGGGUCGUGCAACCGGCUGCGAAUCACCGCCGACGGGAACCUCAAGGUCUGCCUCUUCGGGAACUCGGAGGUCUCGCUGCGGGACCACCUGCGGGCGGGCGCCUCUGAGGAGGAGCUGCUGACCAUCAUCGGGGCCGCGGUGGGCAGGAAGAAGCGGCAGCACGCAGGCAUGUUCAAUAUUGCCCAGAUGAAGAACCGGCCCAUGAUCCUCAUCGGGUUAUUUUUGAUGCUCCAAGAUUCCCUACCAGCCAGUCCAGUCGUUACUUCCUGGGGGCCUGUCCCUGCUCGGGGUCGGAGGCCCAGGCUGCUUCUCUCUCGCCCGAUGGCAACUUUGUGGAAAGAACACUGGGCCCCCCAGGCCCCUCCUUUGUCCUGGCUGUGGCUGGGGGCUGGAUCCCCUCUGAGACUUUACAGCUCCCGGGCAGACUUGGACACCACCUCAACGUGCCUUAGUCCAGGGCCCCGGGCUCCUGCCACCGCCUCAGGACCCUGGGCAACCUCAGAUCAACUCACACAUGUGGACUCGGAAGGGCGGGCAGCUAUGGUCGACGUGGGCAGGAAGCCAGACACGGAUCGGGAAGCGGUGGCCUCUGCUGUGGUGCUUCUGGGGCCUGUGGCCUUCGAGCUUGUCCAGCACAACCAGCUAAAGAAGGGAGAUGCCUUGGGGGUGGCCCAGCUGGCUGGGGUCCAGGCGGCCAAGCUGACCAGCCAGCUGAUUCCUCUGUGCCACCACGUGGCCCUGAGCCACAUCCAGGUGCAGCUGAGGCUGGACCCCUCGCGCCAUGCUGUAGUGAUCUGGGCAUCCUGCCGGGCUCGGGGCCCCACUGGGGUGGAGAUGGAGGCCCUGACCUCCGCAGCUGUGGCGGCCCUCACCCUGUAUGAUAUGUGCAAGGCUGUCAGCAGGGACAUCGAGAUCGGGGAGAUCAAGCUCGUCAGUAAGACUGGAGGCCAGCGUGGGGACUUCCACCGGGUGUAGGGCUCCCACCCACCUGCACACAAUUUGGGCCAAGGAAAGGAUGCCAAGUUCCUCCAACCUGUUACUAAAGCAUGACCUUCACCAGUUGGAACCCAAAGUCAAGCCCGCUGGUCACUGGAUGAUCUAUAAUAACCUGUGGAGUUCACUUUAUAUGAAACAGACUCCAGCAGCCCUCACAGCCUUCCAGAACUCUUGAGUUAAUGGAGUUCGCCAAGCGCACCACUAGAUACCUGGAACACCCUGUCACGUUAUUUAGGCAUGCACUUCAGCCUAGCCUGUAAUUCAGAGUUUUCACUUCCUCUUCUAUGGGGGAAAGAAUAAGGGCUCAUUCCGCCAAGGAACCCUCUUGGAGAAAGGAAAAGCACAUGCUUGCACCAAGAAUGUUUCACAGCUUCUCAGCAGCAGCUUUGCUUCCCCAAGUUUGAGAAGCCACAGUCCCCACAUCUCUGCCGUCCCUCCUUCAAGAGGUACCCGUCCCCUCCUUUUGCCUGAGUCUGGGCCCCAGCCAGCCUGUAGGCAUUGGGCUCCUCUUAGCAGGACCCAGGUAUGGCCUCAACCCUGAGGAAUCCUGGCUGACCGCCACACCUGCUCCCGCUCCCUUUACCCUGGGACAUAUCAGGGAGCAGAGAGUGUUGGAGGUCACUCUCACUCUGUCAGUGCCCAAAUAAAGCCACGAUGCCAACUUUGGAGAUGCAA